GCAACUAGUAAACGAAAUAGCGUUGGUUGUUCAUUUCAAAUUUCUAAUCUUCAGUCUUCCGCGCUUAUUCUUCCUUCCUUAACUGGUGAGCAAUACUCCGGUGGAACCAUGGCUGUCACUUCCAUCAACUUCCAGCAUGCUUCUUCCCCCAUAGAUGAUCCACUGCUUCCAUGGCUCCAUUCAAUUAAGAAGUGUUUGGACAACUUUCAUUCAGAUCUAAGUGACGAGAACUGUGCAGCUCUCCACAAGCUUGCAUCUGAAUGCAUUGCAACAUUCAAGAACAAUCAUAAGUACCAAAAUGAUCUCCGGUUUCUCAAAGUUUGGUUCAUCAAUUUGGAUUGGCAUAGAGAUUUCAAAAAGGCAUUCAGAGAAAUAGAGGAGCAUAAGAUUUGCUUGACAAAGUCUCUACUUUACGAAAUUGGAGCCCAUUUUUUGGAAGUGAAUGGGGAAUUAAUGGAUGCUCAUAGACUCUAUAUCUUGGGAAUUUCAAGGAAUGCUGAGCCAAUUGAAAAUUUGAAGAAAGCUCACAAGUCGUUUUUGGAGAGAAUAUCAGAUGUUGUCAAGGAAUGUUCUAAUUUUCUUCAGAAUCCUGAUGGAGUUUCAAGGAAGGUUGGAAAGGCUCGUAUCAAUCCAUGGUCGUCUUCUACGACUAAAGAUAUUGAGCAGAAGAUUCUUCCUCAUUUAAUGAAAUAUGAUGGUUACCAUUCUAGCUCAAAAAACUAUCCAGGAAAGGUUCCUUCUCAGAAAACACUUAAAAAUAAGAUAGUAAUGAAAAUUGGUGGAAGGGAGUACCACAUCAAAGGCUUAGCUGGUGCAGGAGGAUUUGCCCAAGUUUUUAAAGCUUGGGUUAACGGUGAGUCUAAUGAAAUUGUAGCAGUUAAGAUACAAACACCUCCCUUCCCUUGGGAGUUUUACAUGUAUCGUCAGCUUGAUAAGCGUGUUCCAAAUGAGGAACGGCUCAGAUUGGGUUUUGCUCAAAGUAUGCAUCAUUACUCGGAUUACAGCAUACUGAUCUGUGACUUUUUGUCACAUGGGACCCUUCAUGAUGCAAUAAACACUUAUCUUGUUGUUACGCAAUCCAUGGAGGAAGUAUCAUGCAUUUAUUAUACAAUUGAGAUGCUCUACAUACUUGAGACUCUGCAUAGUGCUGGCAUCAUUCAUGGGGAUUUUAAGCCUGAUAAUCUUCUAAUUCGCCAUUCUAGUGGCAAGCUGACUGAUGAUACAGAAGAUUUUAUAAAACAUUCUGGCCCUUGGCGUGAUCAGGGGCUUUGCCUUGUUGACUGGGGUAGGGGAAUUGAUUUGAGUGUUUUCCCCGCUGAUAUUGAGUUUGAAGGUGAUUGCCGAACUUCAGGCUUUCGCUGUGUUGAAAUGAAAGAAGACAAACCUUGGAAAUUUCAGGUAGACACUCAUGGCCUGUGUGUUAUCGUUCACAUGAUGCUGCACAACACAUACAUGGAAAUCGAAAAGCGAGCAUCAAAUGGUGGUGACUUUUAUUUACCAAAAUUACCUGUUAAAAGGUAUUGGAAAUUCAAUUGGGAGAAUUUUUUCAAAAGAAUGCUCAACAUUGAACCUUUUGAUGAUCACUUGAAAAUGAUGCGAGAACUGAGGGAGUCCUUGCAAGAGUACAUGUUAUCAGACCAGUCUCUUGUAAAGAAACUAAAGGACUCAUUGCGGAAGCAAAAGUUAUCUCUUUGUUCUUCUUAGCUAACUGUAUAAAAAUUACCUUGUGUAUAUAUAACUAUUAUUCGAACAUUAGCAGACGACAAAACAUCAUCAAUUUCUGUUUGAUUUAUUAUGGUUCAGUGUUGUGAACCCUGAAAAUCGAAACCUUGAAGACAGCUUGUCUUCGGUCUUGAUGCCUCAUGUUCAGGUUUGAGGAAUUCUGGGAAGUUUUUAAGUGUAAAUAAAUGAAUGACUACAUAAAGUGGAGUGUUAGAAAAUAGAUGCAUGAAGUAUAAUUUUCUUUCAGACAAUUUGAUACUUUCCUGUUCAUCAUCA